AUGCAGUACCUCACUAUUGUUCUACUUUUUGUCCUUAUUGCUGUUUGCCCUGCUCAAUGGGAUAACAGUUAUUGGUGGUACAACCAGCAACCAACACAAGCGCCGGCGAAUAAUUGGUUUGGAGGUAGCCAGAGUGAUGAUAAAGGGAAUAUGUGGCAUGGAAGUGACAACGCAAAACUUAUGAUCUUCGCCAAGUCUUCAUGGCCAUGA